ACCUGAUGCAGAAGUCUUCUAGCCUUCUGUAGAUAAACAAGGCGCCAUUAGAAGCUUUAAUACCAUCAAUAAUGUGGCCAACGUCCUGUUAGUGGGUCCUUAGAUUUAGAGCAAAGUUGUAAUUAUUAUGCCACACACAUAAUAAUUUGUGAUUUCUCCACGCUAUGGAUCGCUGGAGAGGCAAAACGGCUCUCAUUACCGGCGCAUCUUCCGGAAUUGGCUUGGCCACCGCGGAACGGUUGGCUCGUUCGGGGAUGACGGUGAUUGGAUGUGCCCGUAACAUUGCGCCAAUCGAGGAGCUCCAGCAACGUACACUCGGCACCGGCGUGGUGCACGCCAUCCGCUGUGAUGUCACGCAGGAGGCGGAGAUUGUCGCCAUGUUCAGGGAGAUUGAGGGUGUCCAUGGAGGUGUGGAUGUCCUGGUGAAUAAUGCCGGCUUGGCGCACUCCGAUGAUUUGCUGACGCGAAGCGUGGGGCAGUGGCGCCAAAUGGUUGACACAAAUAUUCUGGGUUUGUCGACUUGUGCGCGUGAAGCCGUGAGACUUAUGGUCAAACAUGGCAUUCGCGGUGGCCACAUUAUCAACAUGAACAGUGUGUCCGGGCAUAAAAUCAACGACUACAAUGCCAUUCACUUUUACGCCGCUACGAAACACAUGGUGACGGCGCUAACCGAGGGCCUGCGCCGUGAAGUAGCCGCCCUGGGCACCAGCAUCCGCGUUACCGUACGAAGUCUCAGCCCCGGCGCAACGCUUACCGAUUUUGCCAAUCGUUGGCUGGGUGAAGCAGCCGUCCGUGAUACGCCCUACGUCAAGGAGGGAUUCACGUUUCUGGAGAGCGGCGAUAUAGCCGACGCUAUUGUUUACGUGCUCAGUGAGCCGGCGCAUGUGACCGUGCAAGAGAUGAUCCUUGUACCCACGGAGCAAAAAAGCGGCUGACACACAGACUGCUUACAUAACUUGUGACGAGGUGCGACGAUCCUUGGGCACGGUUUGCCCGCGAACAAGUUAAAAAUAAAUUUCUGCCUAAAUGUUUAUUGGUAUAUGCACUUAGUGUUCCAAUAAAAAUUGUCGGGACGAGUAAAUUUUUCUCGUUCGACACACCGGCCUUAAAUCAAAACAAAUGUACAUAAUUGGGAGGCUAGGGUAGCUUUUGAAUACGAAAUUUAAUCAUUGGCGAGCAUUCAGAAAAUUGUUUAUGGGAAAUUUUAAUUAUUAUGUACCUGCUAAUGUUUAGUUGCCAUCUUACAGCCGUUAUAAAAUUGU